GCGAUGCAGCUGGAGUAAGAUGCAAGCACUUUGGUCUCGGAUAGCGCAGACCGGACUCAGCUGCCAUUGCCCGUCAUGUGUGUCGGCUGGUGCCAGCGGAGUUGGCAGACGGACAACCACUGCGGCGGGCAGGAGGCCAGUGAGAUGGGCUCUUUCUUCGACAUUUGUAUACUCAGGCAUCUUUGCCGCAGCCGCAACUACCGACGCUGGCUUCAAGCAGAAGAGACGUGACCAAUGGGACCGCGCGAUCGCCGACAUCAAACACGAUCUGGACCGACCGACCGAAGAGAAGACAACCGUGAGACAGGAAGAGACUGUCAAACCCAAGCCAGAGAAGGAAGAGACGGUACGAUACAAGCCGCUGUUUGACGAUCCGCAAGAAGUCAUUCUGGAGAAUCAGUCAUACCAAGAUGGUCCCGCAUGGCCCACAAACACAGGCGCCCCUCUGAAGAAGGGCUUCGUUCCUCCGAACUCCAUCUACGCCGGCUAUAUCACCCGAAAUAGAGCUCUCGCUUCCCGUUGGACUUCGAAGAAGGUGCGUACAACCGAAUUGGCCGUCGACAAGCUGAUCCUCCGCAUGCUUCUGCAUCUGGACGACCUGGGCUGUCGCGACGAAAUGCACCUCACUGUGCCGGUUUCCUGCCUCAAUCUGUUUGCCGCUCCUACACGUAACCUGAAAGCCCUUUUGCUCUACACGAAUGACCAGCACAUGGAGGCCACUACCUAUCCAGACCAAUGGGCGCACAUCAACGAUCUCCCACGUCAGCAUAGAUGGGGUGUCACAUACAAACAAGAUAAUCUGGGGGAGUUUCAUCGUACCGCUGAAAAUCUGAAUACUGCUCUGGGUCAACUGUUCGAGAAGAAACAAUCAGGUCAACUGGCAUACAAGGAUAUGGUCGCAAAGAUAGCCUACAAUCUUUACAUCUCACCAGCACCCCCGAGUCUGGAAUGCUGGAACACUCUCUUGUGUGGCUUCAUGGAUACCGACGCGAAAAAUGUUGAUUUGGUAGAACCGACCCUAUCUGCUAUCCGUAAUGCCAAUGUACGCAUGAAUGAGACGACUCUGAAGGCUACACUCAAGUACUUCAUCAUGAUCAACUCUCGAACCAGGUUCGCCAACUUCGUCGAUCGAAUGCGUGGCUUACAUGGAGGUGUAGCCAUGGCUAGACCAGGUAUUACUGUCAAUGACUCAGGCCGUGCACGUUUAGUCGUGGAUCCACAGACAGGCAAGAUUUACCAGAAGCCAUACCCAACGCCGGGCGUCUUUGAAGUGCUCGUUCAAGGAGUGUUGCACUUUGUCGGCUUUGAAGCCGCACUCAGAGUGUGCAAAGACAUGGGUCAACAUGGAUGGGGGUUGUCAAUCCGCGGUCUGACGCCCUUACUUGAUGAUCGAGCCCGAAAUGCCGAUUAUGAAGCCGGAUGUCAGGUGUGGGAUCUGAUCAAGAAGUUGCAAACCGAGAGUCAACGGAAGGGUCAACCAGAGAAGUUGUUCGCGCAGACAUACUCAGCCAUGUUGCGACUUUGCAGUGCUUGCAACGAGAUGGCCCGCUUCGAUGAAGUCCUACGAGAGGCUCGCGCCGCCAGAUACGGCCACCAGGAGCUGUUGGACUUGUUCAGGCAUGAGAUGCACGCAGAGCCUGGGAUUCGACAACUGGAGCCUGGUUGGAGAAACAUUGCCAUUUACGUCAAGACUGUUACGCAAGCUGAGUUUGAGAGCAUUGAAGAGAAGGAGCCGGAGGAAGUCUCUGAGAGCAGUUCCCCAACAUCGGAACCUUCCAAGGACGCAUCACCUCGCAAGCCCAAAUCAGUCUCUGGGUUGUAUCUUUCUGAUGACGAGGAUUGGCUGGGUUCAAUGCCCUCAACAGGAAAUAGCAUCAACAAGGCCAAGAUCGAUAAAAAACGCGACGACUGGCCGUUCUCACCCUCAGAGCUCUAGAUAAGAGAGUAGAACGACAUAUGAAUAGUGUACAUAUAGCAGAUCAUGCAUUGGGUCGCGGCGUUCGGAGGAUCCUAGGAAAAAGGGACGUGGGAGAACAUCACACGGAUGAUGCAUUUUGUUUGGAGAUUCGGCGCGUAGGGUGUAGGAACAUGUACAAAGAGCCAUGAGGACGCAUUAGAAGCUGUAAAUAUGAUUUCAUUAUUACUUUUAUUCACAAUG